UUCGCCCUGGUGCUGGAGACCUUUGAGGGCCGCGAGGUCUGGCGGGUAAGCAGACGUCAGGAGGUCCGGGCGUCUCUGCUCGCGGUGGUCGGUCAGCCGCGGGGGACGCGGCGCUGAGGUUCGCUAGGCCCCUUGCGAGGCGGUGCGGCCCGGUCGCCUUGGAGCCGGAAACCGGAGAAAUGGCUUCCUCUGCGCUGCUCACGAGUGCGCUGGGAGUUUGAAUCGCUUGCGAGCGUGAGGAACUGCGCGACGCCUCUAUCUCCUCCAAGAAACGAAGGUUGGCGGGCCCAAUCGGGGACCGCCUGAGGACAGCGAUUGCCGGGCUCUGUAUUUCAGAAUCAAAACUAGAAAAAAUAAUUAGAAAUGGCUGUGGAGGAGCUCCAGUCCAUAAUAAAGAAAUGUCAAAUCUUAGAAGAGGAUGACUUUAAAGAAGAAGAUUUUGGCCUAUUUCAGUUAGCAGGCCAAAAAUGCAUAGAAGAAGGGCACAUAGACCAGUUAUUAGAAAUUACUGAAAAUGAAAAGAAUAAGGUUAUCAUCAAGACCAUGGGCUGGAAUCUUGUUGGUCCUGUUGUUCGAUGCCUUUUAUGGAAUGAUAAAGAAAAUGAUAAAACAAAUUAUUUUCUAAUGCUUGAUUUACUGGUAAAGUUAUGUAAUCCAAAGGAAUUGUUGUUGGGUUUGCUUGAACUGAUUGAAGAGCCCUCUGGAAAACAGAUAUCUCAAGUUAUUCUUCUUUUACUUCAGCCAUUACAAACAGUGAUUCAGAAACUUCCUAAUAACAAGCCAUAUUCAGUUGGAUUAGCAUUAUCUACCCUUUGGAAUCAACUGUCUCUUCUUCCUGUUCCUUACUCAAAAGAACAAAUACAAGUGGAUGACUAUGGCCUUUGUCAGUGUUGCAAGGCCUUAAUACAGUUCGCUAAACCUUUUGUGGAAGAAGCUAUUGAAAAUAAAGAAAACAAGGAAAAUGAAAACAAAAAAUUAAAGGAUGAAUUACUGAAAUUUUGUUUCAAAAGCUUAAAAUGCCCACUGCUGACAGUACAAUUCCUGGAACAAUCUGAAGCAGAAAAUGAUCCCUUACGGUGUUUUGCAACUGAAAUAAUAGGUUUUUUAUCAGCAAUUGGACACCCUUUUCCAAAAAUUAUUUUUAAUCAUGGAAGGAAAAAAAGGAUAUGGAAUUACCUUGAAUUUGAGGAAGAAGAAAACAAGCAAUUAGCAGAUGCUGUGGCCUCUCUGGCAUAUCUAGUAUUUGUUCAGGGCAUCAAAAUUGAUCAGCUGCCAAUGGUUUUAAGUCCUUCAUACAUUUUGCAGUUUACUAUGGGGUAUACUGAAGUCUUUUUGCAAAGAACAGAAGAGUCUGUUUUGUCCAAAGGAUUGGAACUGCUAGAGAGUGGUUUAUUAAGACUUGAAGAUAAUAGUCUACUUUACCAGUACUUAGAAAUCAGGAGUUUUCUUACUGUACCUCAGAGCUUAGUCAAAGUAAUGACACUUUGUCCCAUUGAGACAUUGAGGAAAAAAGGUUUAGCCAUGCUUCAGUUGUAUAUUAACAAGUUGGAUUCACAAGGCAAAUAUACAUUAUUUAGGUGUUUGCUGAACACAAGUAAUCACUCAGGUGUGGAGGCCUUUAUUAUUCAAAAUAUCAAAAAUCAAAUUGACAUGUCAUUUAAGAAAACACCUAACAAAUGGUUUACAGGACCACAGCUGAUUUCCCUUUUAGAUUUGGUACUCUUUCUCCCAGAGGGUGCUGAAACAGAUUUACUGCAAAACUCAGAUAGGAUUAUGUCUUCAUUAAAUUUAUUGAGGUAUUUGAUUAUCAAAGAUAAUGAAAAUGACAAUCAAACUGGAUUGUGGACAGAACUUGGAAAGAUUGAAAACAAUUUCCUAAAGCCACUUCAUACAGGACUUAAUAUGUCAAAAGCACACUAUGAAGCAGAAAUUAAAAAUAGCCAAGAAAAUAACCAAGCAGACCCCAAGUCUAAGAACCUUUGUUCUGUAACUGUAGGUAGAGAAGAGAUUCCUAAUAUGCCUCCUGAAAUGCAGCUUAAGGUCCUACAUUCAGCUCUUUUCACAUUUGAUUUAAUUGAAAGUGUUCUAGCCCGAGUAGAAGAACUCAUUGAAAUAAAAACAAAGUCUACCUCUGAAUAUAAAAUGCUGGAAUAAAAUAGAAAUUCUACUUUCUAAACAAAAAUUAAUAAAAUCUUGUAUUUUCCAUUGUUUUAUUUAGUACCUUUGUAAAUAUUUUUCUAGAAAUAAAAGUACUGCUAGAAAAGCUAAUGUACUCUUUCAGUAGUCAAAUUGUAAAACAAAGUAUAGAUCAUGAGUUAUGGUUUUAAAAAGCUAAAAAUACACUGGAAUGUUUCAUAUAAACUAAUAAUUUCAUAAACUGUAACUGAAAUGCUUUAUUCAAUAUAGUUGUAAGUUUAUAAAAAGAUGGACAUACUUUUGCUUAAGUGCUGUGUAAUGUUUUAGAAAUCCUAGUGUCAGUUUAGAUACCACACUACUACAAAAGUGAUGUGUUUAAGUCAGUUAAUUGGUUUUCUUAGCUUCUCUUUAUGUGCUAAUAAGAAACUUCUGUAUUUGCUCAUAUUUGACCAUAAAAUUCAAUUUGUAUGAAGAAACAGUUUUAUAAUAUAUGUACUAAUUACCGUGUGUGUGUGUGUGUGUGUGUGUGUGUGUGUGGCUGGCUCAGCCCAUCCUCAGGGUGGAGCUAGCAUGGCAUGUGCCUGGGAUUGAACCACAGUCCCUGCACUUGCCUAAGCUUGCCUAAGCAGGCACUUUAGACCAUUGAGCUGUCUUGUCGGCUGUAUUAAUUACUUUUAAACUUUAUAAACAGAAUAAUUAUUCAGCAAAAAUAAAAUAUCUUUUAAUUGAA